AGCCUUGGGUACAAGAGUCCUAUCCGCAGUGUAAUGCAGGAUAUCUGGGGAAAUGAUCUUACUGGUGUUGAAGGACUUGAUCCCAAUCGCCAUGAGAGAUAUAAGCAGUUGAUUGCCUCUCACACUCUCAGUGAUGAAGAUACUAUUGAACUGAAGCAGGCACUGGCAUCAGCCAUUGUUGAAAAUGACAUUCUGCAGGCCAAACUUAACAAUGCUCGUCAUGAAAUUCAAGGCAAACUAGGAAAGACAAAUGAAGUCCUUGAUGACUGCAGAAAACAUCUGGCAAAGUCUCAAGCUGAAAAUAUGGAGCUGCGUACAACUCUGGAGCAAGAACGUGAACAAUCCCAAGCAAUGGAGGAGCGUAUUCAUAAACUGGAGCUUUUGGUACAGCAGGUUCAAGAUGACAAUGAAGAAUUGGAAGAAGAACUAGAUCAUACACUGUCUAUGCUGGACAGGUCCAUAUCAGAGAAUAAGCCUGACAUCUCUGCUCUUAAAGAGCAGAAUGCAGAACUCCAUGGUCGAGCUUCAGUUAUAGAGACUGAGAACAGUUCAUUGAAAAAGGAGAUGGAUGACUUAAAGAGGAGCCACUCUAAAUCUGUACAUACAAUCAGGGAGUUGCGGGAAUGUUUGGAUAAACUGCGUGAGGAACGGACAGAUCUUCUUCAUAAACUUAAAUGCAUGGAGCAGACACACAAUGAGUCUAAAGUCAAAACUAUCAUCAGCAACUACCAGGAAAAGGGAGCCAUCGAUGAGGCUGAACGUGAAUACCAAUCCAACAGCCUAAAUUGGUCUAAUGGCCAUCUGUCUCCUGGUCAUCACCGAAGCAGCACUCGCAAUGAUGAUAUUGUUUCCCUUAGUACACAAUCCAAAGCUGGCACACCCAACAUUUCUAGUAUCACACAAGUUGCUCCAAGUCCUGCACGUAACUUAAGCUACAGCAUGGAAGAUUUGUCUCCUACAGUUCCAUCAAAUUAUCGAGAAAUUUACCCACACAGAAAGUCCAGGUAUCAGAGUCUAACCUCUGAUAGGUGCAGCAGCCCAGAUCCACAUGCAUCACCAGUAAACUUUAUCACCUACCCAGAUCUGCAGCCCAAUCCAAACAAGCUAGAUCUAGAUGAGGACUUCAAAAGAAGAAUGCAAAGCCCACCACCUAUCAGCAGAUCAGGUCCAGCUGCCUCCGUAGAUGAGUUCCCCAUAAAGAAACCCAUUCCCUAUCGCCCUUACCACAGUAGAAAUGAAACAGCCAGCUCUUUGCAUGCUAAACACUCGGCUAGUCCAACCAGAAAGGAAGCUGUUUCAAUAGUAUUCAUGAAGAUUCCCCAACAAGAACAUCACAAAGUCUUAGAGAAAGUCAGACUAUGAGCAGGAGUCCAGGUCGCAGCGUCACAGCUGACAGGUUAAAUGUGUCCUUUAAUGAUGUGCUUGACAUUAAAAAGAGACGGCCAAGCCCAAGCCCUGUUUCCUUUGGUGAGAACAGAAAAGGAAUCUUAAAAAAUGGGAAAACGUUCAACACUCGUGGAAGGGACAGGAGUGCCAGUCCACGAUUUGCCUAUCGUAGUCACUCCCCACCAACUCGACUGUCUCCAGAGCUUCAUAAGAGCAGGAGCACCACUAACAACAAGCCUCUGUUCCCUCAUGCUGGUGCUGGGGACAUCGCCAGAAGCUUAAGUAAAGAAGACGCGAAGCUUGAUGGGUUUAGGAAACUUCAUCGUUCCAAGUCCUGGUUUGAACUACAGCUUGAAAAUGAAGAAGUUCCUAACGUGGUUGAACUUAUAAAGAAGCUUAGUCAGGAACCCAUUGCACUUUCUGAUGAACAGAGGCGCUAUGCCAAUGAGCUAAUUAAGAAGUACACUGGUGUCAGUGUCUGAGCUGGACUAAGGAAAAUUCAUCACUGGGCUAAACUCAGUUGCAGGUCUUUGAAAAAUGGAGAAACACUAAGCAUUAUCAGCUGCUUUCUGAUGAAAAAGAAGACCGACUGAUCAUCAUAAUGAGCUACAUACAAUCUUCAAUUUUACUGCUGAAUUUUUUUUUUUGUACCUUGAAAGUUUUAUUUCAAAAUGUAUUAUUAUUGAAAUGCCAUGUAGAUGAAUGUAGCAAACUUAAGUGAUUUCACCAGAAUGAUUAUACUUAUUUUCAUUUAUUUAGUUUAAAAGAAAAAAUGCUUUUCUGGAAAAAUACCAAAAUUUGUUCCUUUGCUCUUUGUGGCCCUUAUGAUGUUUUAAGAGUUUGAGGUUGAAAAUAAGACACAUACGCAUUAUUUAAUGAUUAUUAAAUAUUACUUUUGCUGAAAAAUUAGUGCUUCCAUUAUGAGAGAUUUUUAAAUUUAUGAACUAUAAUUAAUAAGCAUCUCCUUGUGACCUGGCACUGAACAAAGAAGUCGUACUCGUACUACAUUAAUUUAGCAGACUUAUUACAUUUACCUUAAUUCAGACUAAUGUUAUGUAUGGACAUUUUUCUUUAUAUGCCAGUGUGAUCCCUGAAUUAGGUAACAUGAAUUAUGAAGACACUGUUUUUCUUUCAGAAAGCAAUUAGAAAUUUGAUGCUUUCUUUGGUGAUGUUAUACAGCACAUAUGGAUUUUAUAUAACUUAAAAAUAACUCUAAAACAAAAAUAUACCUUUUAAUUCUGUGAUAUUGCGCAAAAUCAGAUCUUCACCGAAUGGAUUUUGUUUUUACAUUGACCACAUCCAAGUUAACUUAAGAUAAAUCUAGUCGCUUUUAUUCAGUAUUACAUGUACCACCUCACCAUUUGAUUUUGGAUAUAUGGGUUGGUGAGAGAAAAUAUAUUGUGUUUUUUGCAAGCAAAACUAUAUAUACUUGAUAUAUAGAUGCACUCUAUGUGUCCUAAAUAACAUCAAAAAAAAAAAAUGCCUUUAUUGGUUUACAAAUUAUGAUUUAUGGAAGUUCAAAUAAAUGAAACCAUUUGAUUUACAAUAAUUUAUAAAUAAAAAAUGCACUUGCCGUAUUCACUUUUUAUAUAUUUUAGUGCCUUUUUAGCGCAAUGAACGCACAUUUGUAUUAAAUAAUGUAUAUUCCUGCAAGCUCCAUGCUACUUACAGAAUAAUUAGUAUUGAACACAUGACUCGGUAUUGAACAUGACUGUUCCUUUUGCCAAGGUUUUGUAUUUUAUAAAAAGUACUUAAUUUAGUUUGUUGUCAAAUUCACUUUAGAUAUGACCCAUAAGAAAAUCAAACACAUAUAUAAGAACAUACCUCUGUGAGCACAACAAAUCCAAGUGCCUCUUUGUAUAGUUUGAGCUGGGAAUGGCAAUUUCCAUAGCAACUAAUCAAUUAUUGCUCUCCAUUCUUACUCAUUACUGAUAUUUGGAAACACUUGAAAUUUAAAAUGUUAUGAAUUGGUGAGAAUUGGUACAUGUGCAUGCCUGCGAACACACAUUUACAUGUCCAUCCUGUUCAUGAAAAUGUAAAGUGUGGCUGCAUGCAGGUGGUAUAAUGUCAAAUGCCUGUUUACAUGUUUACAUGAACACAAUCAUGGUAGCAAGCCCAAAUGCUGUGAUUUUUGUCUUUUCUAACCCUAUACCAGUUUAUAGUUGCAGAACAUCACAGCUGAUGUGUUUUGUAUGAUAAAAUGUAAAUGGAUAUUUGCAGUUCCUUCCAUUAUAUUGCAAAGCUUUACUGUGAUCUAGUAUAUUCCAGUACAACCUUAGAACAUUUUAUUAUUAUAGCAGAGCUAGAUGUAAUUAAUUUUAAUGUUUGCUAUACAUUUUCAUAUUUUUUCUACACUAUUUUGUUUUUAGUGCACAGUUUGCUUUAGUUUUGGCAUUGCUUUUUGAUUCCAUUGAAAUUUAACAAUAAAAAGAAAAUGUAAGUGUCUUCAAAACUUAAAAUGGAUGUAGUAUAUUUAUUUUUUAACUUAUGAACACCAGAGAGCAGGAUGUUGCAACCAAGCAUUCUGAUGGAGAUUUUUCUUUUUCAAAGACGUACACUAAAGUGAAUUACAAUUGGACCUAAACUGUAAUGAGUAUGAAAUUCUACAUCUAUGUUCAAGAAAACUUGUGUACUUAUGUUAUCAUAUGCAGUCAAAGUUUUAGAACAGAAGAAGAAAAUUUAUGAUGCAUAAAUAAAUUUCAGGUCUCCAUUGGCUAACUACCUCUUCUGCAAUGCAGCAUAACGUGAUAUGGGUAUGGAAGCUAUAAAUGAAUGAGUCCAUCUAAGUCUUAUCAACCUUAAUAACCUGUUUUGAUGUUUGUAAAUUAUUUUCUCACCAAAGUGUCUGCCAAAAUGUUUUUGUAGUAGAAGAAAUAUAUAGCUGGCUUGUAGAUUUGAAGAGUAUAAAUAAGUGUGUCAUCUGGAAUACAUUAUUAUUCAUCCUUUUAAAAAGAGGCAAUUUAAAAUGCUUGUAUUUAAAAACAGAUUUACUCGCCAACUUUCAUUCAUAGAAAAAGCUGUUUCAGAUCUUUAUAUUGAUAUAUUGGCAUUUUCGGAAAAUUACAUGAAUACAAAUUUUAGAUGCUUUGGAUCUUAUGGAGGUCAAGAACAUAGGUAAAGGCCAGAAAAACAUUUUCAGAGAAAAUAACAUAAAUUUAGACAAAGAGCUCAUUCUGAUCCAAGAUAUCUUUUCAUAAAUAACCACUUCCAGCUGUUUCUAACCAAGAUCAAUCACCAAAAUAUAUCAGCUUAAGUAUGCAGCCUUCACAUUACAGUAGGCCAAACAUCACAAGUGAUAAUACACAUUUAAAUGUUCUAAAGGCCCACUUUGGUCAAACUCUUUUUCCUUUUUUUCAUCUUAUCUUAUAAUCUUAUCUACUUACCUAUUUUUUUGCUUAAUGUUUUGUGCCUGUGAUAUAUAAAUAAGAAAUUUAAAACAUUUACAUUUUGAAGUUAUGUUUUUAUUUGUAAAUGAUUAAAUAAAUUCAUCAAACAUUUAUGUUUUUCAGUGUUUACAUAUCAUCUAAUAUGAUACUUUUAAAGUCCUUGAUUAACUUUCUUUCAAUUUCUUUUUGUUUAAAUAGAAAAUUUAAACACCAAAUAAGAGUGGUCAUUUUUAUGAAAAGAAAGUGUAACAGAAACCAAAAAAAGUAUUGUGAAAAUAAAUAAAAAUUCUGUUUAGAGACUGAUUUUGAUUUUUCAGAUCUACAAAGCCUCUAGAAGUGCGUAAAUUAUAUCUUUUAAGUGACAAUACAUUCAAUUUCUUAUCACAAGGUCCUCUGAUUGCAACAGUAAUUUAUGGAUAUUUGAAAAGCUUCUUUGGCUAUGGGAUUAAGUUGCUGGCAUGUCUAUAACUUGUCGAAUUUAAUCUGUGCAUAACUAACUUACUGUGUAGCGCAUAAGUAACUAGUAUUUCUUUAGUUAGAGCAAAUGUAUGUCUGCUACAUGUCAGUCUACAUUUCUUUUUAGUGAUGGCACCCCUGCCUAAAUGCAUCCUUUAAUGCUAUGCAACAUACAAUAUUUCUAGUCCCUUACAGGUGAUUUUCAUUCCUACU